CUGGCGCUGUGUGCGCAGGCGCGGGGCGUUCGGGCAUUGGUGGUGGGUGAUGGGAGCGCCUCUGCCCUGGCCCCGCGGCCGCGGUGGGUCCUGGGAAGUGUAGUCGUCCGCGGCCCGGCCUGGUCGCGGGGUCUCGUGUCUGAGGCUGUGGCGGGUAGAGUCCCUCCCCGGACGCGGAUCCGAAAGUCUGGCUCACUUGGGCCCAAGAUACUUAAAGCGGCCACCUCUGUCCGAGAUCCCCUCCAGGUGGCCCGGGCCGAAGACCACCUGCAGCUCGAGAACGCCUCGUCCCCCCCUCCCGGCUAAAGGCGCAGAGGAAACGCGCCGUCCUGUGACUCCGUUACAGGAGGCGGUGCCGGGGUGCGGGUCGGGUCUAGGCUCCCCGGAUCCCACACCGUGGCUGGGAGGGACUCUCUUUGGCGGCCCCGGUCCUCUGGGUGACGAGGAAGGGUGGGUGGGUGGGUGGUUGUGCCGCGGUGGGAGUCCGCAGCCGGUGGGGCCCGGUCGCUCCGGGACGGCCCCGCGCGCUCAGGGCUGCCUUUUCUCGCUGCCAGCUGUGCCGUUUCCCCCUGAGCUCCUCGGUCCCGCCGCGAGCCAUGUCUCAGCACCUGUGUCAGUGGUCUCAAAGUGGAAUUCCUGGACCAGCAGUAUCAGCCUCACGUGAGAACUUACUAGAAACGUAUAGUCAUGAGCUCCCUUCCCAAACCUUCUGAACCAGAAACUCUGGGUGUGCGGUUCAACAGUCACUCCCAAGUGACUCUGAUGCGUGACCCAUCCUGGGUGUGGGGGGUUCAGCUGGGGCAAACAAAAUCUCUGGCAGUUGUUUCACAGAGGUGGGGGUAAGAAGGCCAGCUGUUUGAUUUAGUUCUUGUUUUUAGUUCUACUUCUCUGCCCUACAUACAUUGUCUCAUGCUUGUCUCCAAAUCCAGAUGCUCUCCCAAAUUUGCUGGGGAGUCCAGUUUCCAUCUGUGCUGCAGAUUCCGUUGUUGAGAAAAUAGCUUCCUUUACUAGGGUCAGUGACAUUCAGAGAUGUGGCCAUAGACUUCUCCCAGGAGGAGUGGGAAUGGCUUCAGCCUACUCAAAGAGAUUUGUACAGACAUGUGAUGUUGGAGAACUACAGCCACCUGGUUUCACUGGGUCUUAACAUUUCUAAGCCAUAUGUGGUUUCCUUAUUGGAGCAAGGGAAAGAGCCCUGGUUGGAGAAAAGAGGUGUGAGAAGAGAUCUGUUUUCAGAACCAAAUCGUGAGGUCAAAGAGUUUUCUCAAAAAAAUGUCAUUUAUGAAGAUGACUCACCCCAGUGUUUGGUAGUGGAAAGAAUUCUAAGCCACGGCCCUGAAUAUUCCAGUUUUAAAGGAGGCUGGAAAUUCGAGGAAGAUACUCAGAUGCAAGGAAAUCAGGGGUGUAUCCGGCAAGGAACAGUGUCUCAUCAGGGAGCCCUGUCUCAGCACACGAGUAUCAAUACCGUGGAGAGGCCCCACGGAUGUCAUGAAUGUGGGAAGACUUUCAGUCGGCGCUUUUCCCUUGUGCUGCAUCAGAGAACUCAUACUGGAGAGAAACCAUACGUAUGUAAGGAAUGUGGCAAAACCUUUAGCCAGAUCUCAAACCUUGUGAAACAUCAGAUGAUACAUACUGGAAAGAAACCCCAUGAGUGUAAGGACUGUAAUAAAACGUUCAGUUAUCUCUCAUUCCUCAUCGAACACCAGAGAACACAUACUGGGGAGAAGCCCUAUGAAUGUACUGAAUGUGGAAAGGCCUUUAGCCGUGCCUCAAACCUCACUCGACAUCAGAGAAUUCAUAUAGGAAAGAAACAGUAUAUAUGUAGGAAAUGUGGGAAAGCCUUUAGCAGUGGCUCAGAACUCAUUCGCCAUCAGAUUACACAUACCGGAGAGAAACCUUAUGAAUGCAUUGAAUGUGGGAAGGCAUUUCGCCGUUCUUCACACCUUACUCGGCAUCAGAGCAUCCAUACUACCAAAACCCCCUAUGAAUGUAAUGAGUGUAGGAAAGCCUUCCGAUGCCACUCAUUCCUUAUUAAACAUCAGAGAAUUCAUGCUGGAGAAAAGCUCUAUGAAUGCGAUGACUGUGGUAAAGUUUUCACGUGGCAUGCAUCCCUUAUGCAACAUAUGAAAAUUCAUACUGGAGAAAAGCCCUAUGCGUGUACUGAAUGUGAUAAAACCUUUAGCCGGAGCUUUUCCCUCAUUCUACAUCAGAUAACUCACACUGGGGAGAAGCCCUAUGUAUGUAAGUUUUGCAAUAAGUCCUUCAGCUGGAGCUCAAACCUUGCCAAACAUCAGAGAACACACACUCUAGAGAACCCUUAUGAAUAUGAGAAUUCAUUUAAUUAUCACUCGUUCCUUACUGAACACAAAGAAAUUCACGCUAUAGAGAAAACAUAAGAAUAUGGAUUAAGAAAAGCAAACAGUUAAUGCCUUAACUUUGACUUCAAAGGAUUCUUGGAAAGAAGCCUUAUGUGAAUAUGUUCAAUGUGAAGAAAAAUGGGUCAUACUUGAUUCAACAUUCUGGAGAAAAAAUAACCUAGGAAUAUGUGGGAAAGCCAUUAAUAGCUUUGCAUUCUUUUUGUAAUAUCAGAAGAUGAAAUCAGUCAAUACUGAGAAGCCUUCAUUUGGUGAGAUUCCCUUACUCUACAUUUGUAACUUCCUACCAGACAAGGAUACGUGGCCAAUAGAUGUGAGAAAGCUUUUAAUUAGAAAUUGGCCCUAGUUCUGCAUCUGUCGGCUCAAACAGGGCAGAAUGUGUGGGUAAGAUUGCACUUUUUCUUGGACAUCAGAAAAUUCAUAAUGAAGCAAAGUCAUGCAAACACAAUGAUUCAGGAGCGUUUUUUGUACCAUGCAGUAUUUAUUAGGUUUUAAAAUACUCUUCUAAAGAGAAAACACAACACUAUAAAUGAACUGAAUAUAGGGUGACUUUCUGCAUUAUAUCAAACUACAGAAUUAUACUGGGGGAAAAACUACCAUUGUAAUGAGUGUGGCAAAAUCUUAAGAGUUCUGAGAAGUCAUACUGGAGGGAAUCUGUGGGAGGUUUUUUUUUUUUUUCUUUUUUUUUUCUUCUUUUUUUGGGGGUGAGGUGACUUUUGCUUUAAAGCAAAUUCAAAAAGCUAUGAAUAAAUAUUUUAUUUUCUAGUUAAUUAAUCUAGUACUUGCAGAGUUUUUUCCACACAUUUGUGAUUGUGAAAAUGCAACUACCACAAUAUCGAUAUCACUAACAAGAGUAAUGCGCUUUUGUUGAAACAUACAUGAUUACUGAAACCUUUUUAAUAUAUUAUGGCUUUAACUGUGAGACAAUUUAGAUUUAAGGUUAUGCUAACUCAUGUUUAUCCUUGAAUAUGACUAGACCUGUUUUAAUCUGAAAUAAAUGUAAAUAAGGUGUGUCACAGGAAAAUGCCAAGGUACUUUUCCUCUUGUUCCAUUUACAGUAGGAACAUUUCUUUUGUAAGCACGUAUUUGUCAAAAUAAAUCAGAUGAUGUUUUCACUCUCCAUGUA